AUGGGCCUCUCCCCCUUCCUGGGAACCCUGAACACCGGGGGGUCGUUGCCAGAUCUAACCAACCUGCACUACUCAGCGCCACUGCCAGCCUCCCUGGACACCAGUGACCACCUCUUUGGAAGUAUGAGUGUGGGGAACAGCGUGGGCAACCUUCCCGCUGCCAUGACUCACCUCGGCAUCAGAGGCUCUUCUGGUCUCCAGAGUUCUCGGAGCAACCCCUCCAUCCAGGCCACGCUCAGCAAGACAGUUCUCUCCUCCUCCCUCAACAGCCACCCGGAGGCCUCCGCUCCCAGCGCCUCUGCCCUCCACCCCUCACUCCGCCACUUCUCGCUCAGCAACCCAUCCCUUUCCACCACCAGCCUGAGCGGCCCCUCCCGGCGCAGGCAGCCACCUGUCAGCCCCCUCACGCUGUCUCCUGGCCCUGAAGCACAUCAAGGUUUCAGCCGACAGCUCUCUUCAACCAGCCCCUUGAACCCGUAUCCUGCCUCGCAGAUGGUGUCCUCGGAUCGAAGCCCACUCUCAUUCCUGCCCACAGAAGCUCAAGCCCAAGUGUCCCCCCCGCCCCCUUACCCUGCAGCCCACGACCUGCCCCAGCCUCUGCUGCAGCAGCCCCAUGCCCAGGAGCUGCCUGCCCAGCAGCCCCAGGCGGCCUCAUCGCUGCCCCAGUCGGACUUCCCACUCCUCACAGCACAGGGCUCAUCUUUGACCAGCUUCUUCCCAGAUGUAAGCUUUGACCAGCAGUCCAUGAGGCCAGGUCCAGCCCUUACUCAGCAGGUGCCCCUGGUGCAACAAAGUCCCCAAGAACCACAGGACUCCUUUCAUUUGAGACCAAACCUGUAUUCCAACUGCGGGAAUUUCCCAAACACCGUCCUGACAGAAGACUCGAGCACCAGCCUGUUCAAAGACCUCAGCAGUGCACUGGCAGGCAUGCCCGAGGUCAACCUAAGCGUGGACACUCCGUUCCCACUGGAGGAAGAGCUCCAGAUCGAACCUCUGAGCCUGGACGGACUCAACAUGUUAAGCGAUUCCAGCAUGGGUCUGCUCGACCCCUCUGUAGAAGAGACAUUUCGAGCUGACCGACUGUGA